GCAAAACUGUAAACUUGAAAGCUGUGGGCGAUCGGAGCCCCUGUUUAUAACUUUGCCCUUUCCCUCCCUCUGCAAUUUCGUACGCUCUUUCUUUCAUUUCUAACACCUCCAGCUUUCUCUCUCCUCCUGUGGAAAUUGGGCAUUCUCUCUCGGUGAAACGCAGCGUUUCGGAGAAAGCAAUCUCCCAUGGGGAAAACCAACAGGAAACGAGGACGUGAACCUAAGGACCCAGUUCCGGAAACCCUUGAUUACCAAACCAUCGCUGAUAUGGACGAGGUUUUCUCCGUCAGCAACGUCGAGCUCAUUGAGUCUUCCACCGAGCGGCGUCCCCGCGGCCGCCCCCGGAAAAACCCUCAACUAUCAGAUAUGCACGAGAAACCCGUCGUCCUGUCUUCCGCGAGGCGUACGUCUCAUGCCGCGGAGAAUGCUGAUUUCGUAGUGUCUAUGUCAGUGCCCGGCGAUGGGUUGUCGGCGGAACAGCCCGCGAGGAUAGAGGCUGUUGCUAGGGUGGUGCCGGCGAUGGACGCGGUAGUGAAGGUGUUUUGCGUGCACACAGAACCGAAUUUUUCGUUGCCGUGGCAAAGGAAGAGGCAGUACAGUUCGAGCAGUAGUGGGUUUGUGAUUGGUGGGAGGAGGGUGUUAACGAAUGCCCAUUCUGUGGAGCAUUAUACCCAGGUGAAGCUCAAGAAACGGGGUUCUGAUGUCAAGUAUUUGGCCACUGUGCUUGCCAUUGGGACUGAGUGCGAUAUUGCUAUGCUAACGGUUAACGAUGAUGAGUUUUGGGAAGGCGUAUCCCCUGUGGAGUUUGGGAAUUUGCCUACACUACAAGAUGCUGUGACUGUAGUGGGGUACCCAAUUGGGGGAGACACGAUUUCUGUAACAAGUGGUGUUGUAUCAAGAAUAGAGAUCCUAUCUUAUGUUCAUGGGUCCACUGAGCUUCUGGGUUUACAGAUAGAUGCUGCUAUAAACUCUGGAAAUUCUGGUGGGCCUGCCUUCAAUGAGAAGGGCAAUUGUGUGGGCAUUGCAUUUCAGUCUCUUAAACAUGAAGAUGCAGAGAAUAUAGGUUAUGUCAUACCAACACCAGUCAUCAAGCACUUUAUCCAAGAUUAUGAGAAGAAUGGAGCAUAUACUGGAUUCCCAAUCCUAUGCCUUGAGUGGCAGAAGAUGGAAAAUCCUGAUUUGCGAAUGGCAAUGGGAAUGAAACCUGAUCAGAAGGGCGUUCGUGUUAGAAGAAUUGAUCCUACUGCCCCAGAAUCUAAAGUUUUAAAGCCAUCAGACAUUAUACUAAGUUUUGAUGGUGUUGAUAUUGCUAAUGAUGGAACAGUUCCUUUCCGACAUGGGGAACGCAUUGGCUUUAGUUACCUUGUCUCCCAGAAAUAUACUGGAGAUAAUGCUACAAUUACAGUUCUUCGUGAUUCUAAGAUGCUCAAAUUUAAUAUCAAACUUGCAACUCACAGAAGGAUUAUUCCAGCACACAACAAGGGCAAACCUCCAUCAUAUUACAUUAUUGCAGGAUUUGUUUUUUCUACUGUAUCUGUACCAUAUCUCCGUUCUGAGUAUGGAAAGGAUUACGAAUAUGAAGCUCCAGUCAAGCUUUUAGACAAACUCUUACAUUCAAUGCCCCAAUCAGAAGAUGAGCAACUUGUUGUGGUUUCUCAGGUGCUGGUUGCUGAUAUUAAUAUUGGGUAUGAGGACAUUGUUAACACUCAGGUUCUUGCUCUCAAUGGUAAGCCUGUGAAGAAUCUGAAGAGCUUGGCUAACAUGGUAGAGAGCUGUGAUGACGAAUUUUUGAAAUUUGAUCUAGAAUACCAACAGAUCGUGGUCCUUAGAACAAAGACUGCCAAAGCAGCAACAUUGGACAUUCUUACAACACACUGCAUACCUUCAAAAAUGUCUGAUGAUCUUAAGACAUGAGGUGGGGUCAAAAUGUUGGGUGGUAGAUUGCCUUACUCUUCAACCUAGUAUACUGCAUAGUGAGGAAAACAAUACUAAUACCAGCUUGGUAGGCUUCUUUAGUCACUGGAAACAUCAUCUGGAAUAGUAGAUUAUAGACGGUUUUAGUUAUGGGCGGGUUGUUGAUGGUAUUUUCCAAAUUGUCUUUCAACAUGGUGCUAAGUUUAUAGUCCUGCUCUGCACAACAACAGGAUGAAUCUCACUGGGGAUUGAUGGUUUUUACUUUUUAGUCUUUUAGUGAGGGAGCGUAUCAUGGAGGAUUCAUUACUUGGCUGGUGGUCCUCUGAUUUGGUACUUUUUCAUUUCCCGGAUGAAUUAAUGUUUAUUUUCAUUUUUUUUUUCUUCUGGAGAGACAGGCAGGUCACAUACUCUGAACAGGUUGUACAUCACUUUUCUCGAAAAUACAAUUUGACGGUGUACCUUCCCUAAUGGGGCUUGGUGUACCUUCCCUAACGGGGCUUGGAAGGGUUUGGUUGUGGCAUUUUGCCCUUCUGUGAGUGGAAUCUAGUGCUAUUCAAUAAAUAAACUGCAGAGCUUCUCUUCA